AUGCCGUCCCCGAUCCCCAGCCGCCUGCUGCCCAGAGACCUGUACCCGGCCGUGGAGCUGGGCACGUGCAGCAGCCCGCUCGCCCAGCCCGGCCCCGGUCCCGCUGCCAGCCCCGGUCCCGGGGCGACCCUGCAGGUCCCGGCUCAGCGGUUCCCCGGCAGAGCCUCCGGCCGCCCCUGGUCGUCGGUGAUCCAGUGGAAGCAGCUGCGCGCGCUGCAGCCGGUGGGCUCCGGGGGCUUCGGGUCGGUGUACCGGGCGGAGUACCUGGGGAGGACCGUGGCCCUGAAGAACGUCAAGAAGUGCUCCAAGAACGCGCUGGCGUCCCGCCAGAGCUUCUGGGCCGAGCUGAACGCUGCACACCUGAGCCACCCCAACAUCGUGCGCGUCCUCGCAGCCACCACGUGCGUGCCCGCGGACUUCGGGGACGAGGGCAGCCUGGGGGCCGUGCUGAUGGAGUUCGUGGGCAGCAGCAACCUGCAGCAGGUGAUCUACGGAAGCCCGGAGGAGCUGCCGCCGCGCCGCUGGCUGCGCUACGCCGCGGACAUCGCGCGCGGCCUGGACUUCCUGCACGCGCACCGCGUGCUGCACCUGGACGUGAAGCCCGCCAACGUGCUGCUGUCGGCGCGGGACGCCUGUAAGCUCGUGGACUUCGGCUGCUCCGUGAAGCUGGAGCCCGGCCGCGAGCGCGCUGCCAUCGGCGCGCACCUCAGCCACGUGUGCGGCACGUACACGCACCGCGCGCCCGAGCUGCUGCGCGGCGACGCGGUGUCGUCCCGGGCCGACGUCUUCUCCUUCGGCAUCACGCUGUGGCAGCUGGCCACCCGCGAGCCGCCGUACGCCGGGGACCGGCAGCGCGUGCUGUACGCCGUGGUGGCGCAGCGGCUGCGGCCCCCGCUGGACCGACCGGCCUUCGGGUCCGAGCGCGGCCGGAGCUGCGCCGCGCUGCUGCGCCGCUGCUGGAGCGCGGAGGCCCGGGACAGACCGGGAGCCCCGGAGCUGCUGGCGCUGCUGGAGCGGCUCCGGAUCCGGUACCUGGAGCAGGGACCGGACGACAGCGGGACGCUCUAG